CGAUUGGCGGCGCCGGGAGAGGGCGGUGGUCUGCGGGGUUGUUGCUAGGUAGAGUAAGAUGGCGGCUUUGGACAGGGUCAAGGUGUUGGUGUUGGGCGACUCCGGUGUCGGAAAAUCUUCGCUUGUUCACCUCUUGUGCCAAAACCAGGUGCUGGGGAACCCGUCCUGGACAGUGGGCUGCUCGGUGGAUGUUCGAAUCCAUGACUACAAAGAAGGGACUCCAGAAGAGAAGACCUACUACAUUGAGCUGUGGGAUGUUGGAGGUUCAGUGGGUAGUGCUACCAGUGUGAAAAGCACAAGAGCAGUCUUUUAUAACUUGCUGAAUGGGAUAAUUUUAGUACAUGACUUAACCAACAAGAAAUCAUCCCAGAAUUUGUAUCGCUGGUCUUUGGAAGCACUCAACAGAGAUAUCGCUCCAACAGGAGUUCUUGUCACAAAUGGUGACUAUGACCGUGAACAGUUUGCUGAUAACCAGAUUCCGUUGCUGGUAAUAGGAACUAAGCUGGAUCAGAUCCCAGAAACUAAGCGGAAUGAAGUUUUGACCAGAACAGCUUUCUUGGCUGAGGAUUUCAAUGCUGAAGAGAUAAAUUUGGAUUGCACCAAUCCUCGUUACCUGGCUGCAGGUUCAUCCAAUGCUGUCAAACUGAGCAGGUUUUUUGAUAAGGUCAUAGAGAAGAGAUACUUCUUAAGAGACGGCAAUCAGAUUCCUGGCUUCUCUGAAAGGAAAAGGUUUGGAGGGGGAACGCUGAAGAGCCUUCAUUAUGAUUGAAUACUGAAGAAGUGGAAGGUGACUUCUCCAAAUUCCUAACGACAUUCCCAUCCCGACUGGAUACUUAAAAGACAAUAAUGCUUAUGUCAAGCAGAGUUAAAUUAUAUUAUGCUUUGGCCAGGUAGACUGCUGAAGCUACUUUCACUGGAAAAGACUUGGGGAAGAAUUUCCAAAAAUCUAAUUUGAAGCCUACAGUGUUUCUUAGGAUUGCAGACCAUCUGGAUAUAUGGGAACAUUUGGGGAAAGUGUGCAAUAAAUUGAAUGCCUCUCACACUGCUGUGGGAAACUUUAUCAUACGCAGUAUGUAUACAUGACAUCUUUGUUUCCAUUUUGGAAAACUUAUGGACAGUCUUUGUAAUGAAUUACAUUCAUCUUACCUCUAAAGGAAAGAUGACACUGUGUGGGCUGCUUAUUUACAGUAAAGUGAACAAAACAAGUGAGCAAAAUGUAAGAACGGACAAGGAAUGGUCUGGAAAAUAAUAGAAUACCUUCAUUAAAUGAAGGGUGUUGUCUCACCUAGAAGACACUGUUCAGCCCUAUUCAAAAGGGAUAAAAGAAAUAGGCAAGAGAUGAAAAAAGAUUUGGAGCCUUAAAAAGACAAUCAUGAGUAAAAAAACAUGCUAUUAAUUCUGCUGCUUAAGUUAAAAUUGUUUACUUUGGAGAGGACAAAGUGAAUCGGGUACUCGUGUUUAUCUUUUCUUAGCUGAGUGUGGUCUUGUUCUUAAAUCAAAAGGCAGUGCAUUGAAAGCUGAUGGGAAAAGUAUGUUUUUAUACAGUGCUUAUUUGGAACAAAUGUGACAUGGUCUUACUGAGCCUCAGGGCUUAGCGGAUUCACAAAACGUGAAAUGCAAGAACAUCCUCUGAAUUAGAAUGGAUGACAUUUAGAAGGGAUGUAAAGCCCUGUAAAAAGUGGGAACUGAGCAUGAUUAGAAGGAAAGUUCUGUGAUAGGGAUGUUUCCUUUUCUUAUUUAGUACUAAGGAUAAAGGAGACUUGACCAGAUCUGAACUACUGUGCAAGCUGUUGUCUUCCUAAAUAGCCGAAGCUUUGCAACGUUUCUCACCUUCCCAGAAUUAUAUGGAGUGGUAAAAGCGUGAUUUAUGGCAGGUUCUUCUUUCCCCUCCUUCCUCACAGUCAGCCUCUAAUAGUUAAGCCUCUGGCAAAGGCUAACUAAGAGCUGAAGUUAGAUAUAAAUACAGAUUAAUAAUAAAUGGAGAUAGAAGAAAGUAAAAUGUAAAAUGCUGGUGUGAAACUGACAGCGAGCAGAGUUCUGCAGUCUCCAGAUUACCUCUGCCUGCAGCUUUUCUCUAGCAGAUGCCUGGAAAUAAAUGGAAAACUGCCAAUUGCCACUAAUCAGGCACAAAAAUGACAGCUAGGUGCACUAGUCAAACUUAUUAAAAAUAUGGAUACUUUGCUUUUCCUUAGGCCGUUUCCAGAAAGGUCUUGGAGCGUUUGCAAACAUGACUGCAGUAACUGUUUAGAUGCCUGUAUGAAAUACGUUAUUAUUUUACAUUUACUUUACACCAGGGAAAAUAAGGCACUGAAAUAUUGAUAGCAGAUAACCCAUGUCUGAGCUAUGCAGCUCCAUGGCAGCACCGAUGUCUCUUUCUGCUCCUUUGUCAAUCAAAAGCUGGAGUUAUUUUUUGAAGGUCAGGUGCUGCCUUAGGGUAACUAGAGCUACGCUCCCUCGGGUUACCAAGGAGCUGCAGAGCAGAACGAGAAAGCUAGGCUUACUUCUUCCAUCACCCUAUGGCUUUAGGUGAAUUGGAAGUGUUGUGGAGUAAGGGAGGCAUUUGCUACAAGAGGCUGUGUGUAGCAACGGUUGCACAGAUCUUUGAUUCGGAGCAAACAACUCUCCAAAGUAGCCCCGUUAAUUAAUGAUAAAAGGAACAUUGCUCAGCAUGCUGUAGGGUGGCCUAAGCCCUAGGUGCAGCUUACAUGUAUUUGUGCGUUUUGCUCCUGAGGCUCCUCAAAGAAACUAGGUCUUCAUAUGGGAAAUCUUGUGAAGGUCAGUUCAUGCUCCAGGAGGAGGAGAGAAUGCACAGGUCCUGUGCAUCAGUGGGACUGAAGGUUAUGACAGGGUUCAGGAGCAAAUUAGAAAGAGAUACUGUUAGGAUAGGAGGGAGAGAAGAUAAAAGGAAUAGUAUCAAGGAAAAGUAGAGCACAUGGGCAAGCGGUAGAAGGUUAGCAGAUUGAGAGAGAAGUUUGCUUGAGGGUCCUGCUCUAGGCUCAGCUGAGUCUCCCUGGGCUCACUCAUCCAGCUGUGAGCCAUAAAACUCCUCCCAGGAUAUCUCCGUCCACUCUUGGAAUGACCUGCUGUCCCCUGUGCAAAGUGAAGAAUCCUUCCUCGGAGGCAUGGUUCUGAUGUAUCUGUUUAUCAAAUUGUAGUGCUUUCAGUACAUUGGGAAUUAAAGAGUUUACCCUUUUUAAUUUCAGUCUGGAUGUUUAACUUGAAAAUGAGUACAAGGGAUGUUCCAAGCUGUUUGUGUUGUCACAAUAUUUAUUUUGGUAUCACCAGCCUUAACUCUGUCCUACAUAAAUAAAUCAUUUAACUUUGUUAGUUUCAAUGUACUGAAAUCCUUUAGGUAGCUGUGAUUUGGUUAUAAUGCAAAAGGGUGAAGGCUAAUUUUGGGUGCUGUUCUCCAACUGCAGCCCUGAAAAAUGGUUGCGGACCCAUCUGACCAGGAUUAUGAUCUUGGGGUCCCAGAUUUGAAUAGAUUGCUAUGAAAAACACUUGUGUGUUUUUUUCUAUGUUUUUUUUUUUUUACCUAGUAUUCUUCUAGUAUUUCACCAGGGUUGAGUUAAGGAUAUUAACACAUUCAAGUUAUGUUUCAAUAUAAUCCUGAAAUUUCAUGGAUUUUUUUAUGCUUGGGGUUUGGAAUAUUGCACUGUCCCUGUGUUGUAGUUUUCACAUUUACAUGACUGGCACACACUGUAGCUCUCUUGAAAUAGGGCCAUACAAUUUUUGUUUGGAGUGGUAGCUUCUGUUUUCCUAAAUGUUAUGCAGAGGCAGAAUGGACUGAUAAUUAUAAAUAAGAGAAAUCAUGAGAAUUGGCCAAAAGCUGUUGCAGGCACCAUUAACCUGCUGGCUAGGUGUGGUGUGGGAUUAGGUACAUCUGUAUUUUAAUAGGAGGUAGUGGCACCAUAUGCAAGUGCCACCAGUUUAGCACCGUACCUUGGUUGUAGCCUUAUGGUUGCUGUGUAUAGAGCAAGAAUAUCUCACACCUGCUGGGUGUAUUUCAAAUGUUCAGGAUCCAGCAGGCAAUGUGGAAUGGCCACCCCGGUUUUUCUUUUCAUAGACUUUACCCUUACUGCCCAGUCCCUUCUGUGCUUCUGCUUUACUUCUAUCUUAAAAUGUCUGGACAUCGGUGUGAAGUUGCUAUUAAAAAGGAGCUCUGUUGA